UGAGCCCAGCCACGGCCCCGAGCCAGCCGCGCGAUAGGAGCGACCCGAGUGUUUCCCCAGGAGCAAAAAUCCUCGUCCCCGCGCCGAGCUCCGCAUCCCCGAGGGCGGCUGCGGCCCAGGGCAGGCGCUUCCCCCCAAGCACUGUCCUAGUCACGGGGGUUUCCCCGUCGCUCUGCCGGUCACGAAGAAAAAAGGGAAGACGAAGGGGUUCCUCUGCCCUGCUCUGUGUUGGGGACAUGUCUGUGGGAGCCCCGUCCAAGAGCUGCGCCUUGUCACUUUUUUUCACACUGAGACAAACGUGCGCUGGGAUUUUCAGCCACGUGCCAGAUCUCCGGGGUGGCUGAAUAGUGAUCCUGCAGCUCCCUGCUUUUAAGCCUCGGGGUUCCCCCUCGCCACAGCCAGUGUCUCUGCAGACAGUUUGAGCCGGCACCAAGAGGAGCGGCAGGACAGGCUCCUGGGGCCUUGGAGUGUGCUUUGAAGGGAGCUUUGUGCAUCAAGAAGCCCCACAGGAGAAACAGCUGGAUCAGGCAGGAAGUGUGACAAGCUGAACUCGGAAUGAAGCACAGCUGCAUCCACUGGUUCCGCAAGGGGCUGCGUCUGCACGAUAACCCUGCCUUGUUGGCAGCAAUGAAAGACUGCAGUGAGCUAUAUCCCAUCUUCAUCCUUGACCCCUGGUUCCCAAAGAACAUGCAGGUCAGUGUCAACCGUUGGAGGUUUCUGGUUGAGUCGCUGAAGGAUUUGGAUGAGAGCCUGAAGAAACUGAAAUCAAGGCUGUUUGUGGUGCGUGGCCAUCCAGCAGAGGUGUUCCCGGGCCUUUUUAAAGCAUGGAAGGUGACACGGCUGACAUUUGAGGUAGAUACAGAGCCCUACUCCAAGCAGCGUGAUGCAGAGGUAGUGAGACUGGCAGCUGCACAUGGUGUCCAGGUUAUCCAGAAAGUGUCCCACACCUUGUACGACACUGACAGGGUAAUUGCUGAGAACAAUGGCAAAGUGCCUCUGACCUAUAGACAGCUGCAAGCUGUGCUGGCUGGGCUGGGACCCCCAAAGCAGCCUGUGCUAGCUCCCACUCUGGAGACCAUGAAGGAUUGCUGUACUCCCGGCAGAGACAACCGUGAUCCAAAGUAUGAGAUCCCUACGCUGGAGGAGCUGGGACAGGACCCGAAGGAAGCAGGUCCUUGUCUCUACCCAGGGGGGGAAUCUGAGGCACUUUCCAGGCUGGAUUUUCACAUGAAGAGGAUGACCUGGGUGUGUAACUUUAAGAAGCCUGACACGGAGCCCAACACCCUCAGCCCAAGCACCACCGUGCUCAGCCCUUACGUUAAGUUUGGCUGCUUGUCAGUGCGAACCUUCUGGUGGAAGCUGACUGAGAUCUACAGAGGGAAGAAACACUCCUCCCCACCAGUUUCUUUGCACGGGCAACUGCUGUGGCGGGAGUUCUUCUACACAGCAGGGGCUGGGAUCCCCAACUUCAACAGGAUGGAGGGAAACCCCAUCUGUGUGCAGGUGGACUGGGAUGACAACCCGGAGUAUGUCAAGGCAUGGAAGGAGGGCCGGACGGGCUACCCCUUCAUUGAUGCCAUCAUGACCCAGCUGCGCACUGAAGGCUGGAUCCAUCACUUGGCCCGGCAUGCUGUGGCCUGCUUCCUGACACGAGGAGACCUCUGGGUGUCCUGGGAGGAGGGACAAAAGGUCUUUGAGGAGCUGCUGCUGGAUGCUGACUGGUCCCUGAAUGCUGGCAACUGGCAGUGGCUGUCGGCAAGUGCCUUUUUCCACCAGUUCUUUCGUGUCUACUCACCUGUUGCCUUCGGCAAGAAGACGGACAAGAGCGGAGCGUAUAUUAAGAAAUACCUCCCCAUCCUCAGGAAGUUCCCUGCUGAGUACAUCUAUGAGCCCUGGAAGGCACCAAGAAGCAUGCAGGAGCAGGCAGGCUGCAUCAUUGGCAGAGACUACCCCAGACCUAUCGUGGAGCAUGAAGCUCUGAGCAAGAGGAACAUCAUGCGCAUGAAGGCAGCAUAUGCCCAGCGGUCACACAGCAAAGCUGCCCAGGUGGAGAAAGAGAGUACCAAGAAAGGUGGCAAACGGAAGCUGCCGGCUGGUCCCUCUGUGGUUGAACUGCUGACAAAGAAACCAAAGGCCAAAAGCAGCUGAAUCCUUCAGUGCAGGUCAGAUCUUAACCCAGUGGCCCUGCUCCUUCUGGGCCUGAAGGCAGGAGUGUCAGCUGCCAUGCAUGACUCAAACAUCAUAAGACCCCGUUUAUAUCCCAGCUGGCUGUGUAACAGGGUCUUGGGGGUUGUUCUGACCCAGAUUGCCUAAAUUCAAGGGAGCUGCUGUAGUUUUUUAGUACCAGCUAUGCCAUUGGCUUGGGAAGUAUACUAAAUUUCUUUCUUCAGCCCUUCAGGCUGGCAUUUCUCAUGCUGCUUCUUAGCCAAACAUAUGGUGUGUUUGAAACCCCAGGGAAACACUGGAUCAGUCUGAGAAAUGAGUGCUGUGCAAUGGAUUUACUGUCCCAGGAUGCUGACGGGGGGGGGGGCGGGGGAGGAGGAGAGUGUGACUGUCCCCAUUUUAAACGCAGCAGGCUGAGACCUAGGGAAUGGUGGGCAGGUUUCCAAUGGAAGCUGUUGUGUGCUCCCAGACUUGUCCAGAUCACUGUGGCAGAUUUGGAAAGCGAGCCUAGCCCUUUAGUGAAGCACCAGCCCCACAUACCCUCCUCCCUCUAUGCUGAUCCAUUGUCCCAUGAGCCCUGACCCACAUUUAAAACCUGGCUUUUAAAAAAUUACUUUUUUCCUCCUUGAAAGUCUCUUGGAGGAAGUAACAUAACAAAUAUGCACAGACUCAUCUGGUAUGAGACAUGCCUCUGGCUCUUGCAUUAUGAGCCCAAAUAUACAGCCAGCUUUCAGGGAGCAGAGAAGCAAUUUUUAUUUAUGAGCAAAUAAAAAGACCUGCAUGUUUCUGAAGGCCCCUGCCCCGGGAAGUGGUGCUGAUGAUCAUAGUCAUAUCCCUUGUAAGGUCAGGAGGAAUCAGACUCUGGGGCUGCCUUGUACUGAUCUUGCAAUGCUGCUUGCUCAUUGUCACCCACAUCCCCUAGAACCUGUUUCACCUGUUCAUUCCUUGCUUAAUUCCAUCAUCACCUGGAUACAUCCUCCCUUGAAAAUUUGUACCCAAAACUGCAGUGGGUCAUAUUUGGGGAUACUUUCCAGACAUGCAGGUAUCCCCCAAAUUGGGCUGGCUACCAUCAUGCUUGGUCUCCAUCAGCAGCUAAUGAUAAACUAUACUAAUUUUUAUAAUUUUUUGUUUUUACAAAAUGUAUUCUGUAUAAAAUGUUUUAGUAGUCUGAUCUAAUCAAUAAAU